AAUAUUAGAAACGUUGAACAACUUUAGAGAAUGUGUGUAUAAAUAAAGGGUUGUAAGGAUAUCAUAUCAUAUCCACCUCAACCUUUAACACAAUCUCCUUCUUUCUAAUCUCUUAUUCUUUUACCAUUUUUUUAGCAAUUAUCAGUGUGAAGCAAGUGAAGGAACCAUGGGUCGUCGUAAGAUUGAAAUUGCGACAUUGAAAGACCCUAAUACGAGGCAAGUCACAUUUUCCAAGCGUCGAACGGGCUUAUUCAAAAAGGCAAAUGAAUUAUCCAUCUUGUGCGGCGCAGAAAUUGCUAUUGUUGUGUUCUCCAUUGGAAACAAGCCUUACUCUUUUGGGCACCCAGGUGUUGAUGUUAUUGCGGCCAAGUUUCUUCAAGAAGCGGCUAAUUCAAGCGAUGCCAAACAAAUUGAUGCCCAAGGAAACAACCCAUCUAAUGAACUUGGUGACAUGAAUAGGCUGAAUCAACAAUUGUCUGAUGUUCAAACCCAAAUACUCGAGGAAGAAAAGAAGGGCGCGGAACAUGAUGAGAGACUAAAACAACACCAGGUCACACAACUCUCUCAGUAUAAGGAACUGCAAGCUUCAUAUUUAGAGCUCCAACAUAGAGUGAAGGACUAUGUCAACGCCAUCGAGGUGUCGGAGUGUAUGAUACUCCUUGCACAAGAACCGGUGGUUGGAAUAACAAAACAAAUGACUGCUACAAAGAGGAGAAAAAAGAAUUGAUGCUUUUUUAUAUGUAAUUUUUAUUUUGAUUUAAGUUUCCUUGGCCCUAUAACCCUCGUUGUUUCCAUCUCUCUUACGUAGAGUGAGAUGAGACUGAAAGUAGCAAUAGUGGUGAAUAAGUGGUUUUGUUGAAUUCGAUAUAAAGAAUUAUGACAAAAUAAAAAUAAAUUCUUUUUUGUUCUCGUGUUAUUUGUGCAAGAAAUGUAUUUCCUGAGUAUUGGAUUUGAA